AUGAGCAGUAUAAAUACGAUGUUAAAAAAAUUGCGAAAAAAGUUCACGGCCGACGCGGGAAAAACCCCAGAGGAAGCGAAAACGGGGGUGACGCAGCCCUGGCGGCUAGACGUCGGUGUGCACCCCCCUGCUCUCCCUUUCAAGGUCGGCGCGGGUGGGAGCCCAGCGAGAGAGGGACAGCCAUAUCUGCCCCCGGGAAAGUGCAAGCGAAUGCGCGAGAGAAAAUCAAUCUUGCACGGGGCGAGGGGGGCGGCUGGAAAC